GGCGAUUUGGUUCCUUAGUUGGUUUAGUAACGUUCUAGUUGUCAGUUGUCGUUCAGCGUUGAACGGGCGACGUGUGAUUAAAAUUCAUUCUUCCUUCUCUCGUUGUGUGUGUUUGUGUGAUAUACUCUACUGCGGUGUGAAAAUUGUUUUUCAAAAAAUAAAAAAUUAAAUAAAUUGAAAAAGAAAUAUUAAAAAAAUAAACAGAAGAAACUGUUUAAGCGUGAAUUAAAAAAAGUUAAUUAAAUAACAAAGUCUAAAAACAGGAAAUUAUUUGUUCCUUUACUUCAAGACAAGUAAACUCAAAUAAAACAAUACGAAAAAAGAAAAUAUCAAACGAAACUAAAAAAAACCAAACCUAUAAAACUCAAUUUAUUAAAAAAAACAUCCUAGUGCGCGUGUGUAAUGGCGUUUUUGCGUUCCAUCUGUGCUCAACGUACAAAUUUAGUUUAUAGUUAUAGUGGCUGUAGUUCCAGCAGCUUUGGUGCUGGCAAACUUCAAUACAUUGCUGGCUCUAAAGCUACAACAAGUUGGUCGAGCUCGGUUCGACAAUUGAGUCAUGAUUCGAAGGACAAUGCAAGUGAAUUGAAUUUACAACAAGGCUCAUCGCAUCAUUAUUCCACUCAUCGUCGCAGCAAACAACUCUUAUUAGCCAAUGCUCUAUUUGCACCUCAUUUCAAUCAACAUUAUCAACGUGUCCACACAAAUGCUAGCAAAUCUCAAACUGUAACCGCUACCCAAACGAUUGCGGAUGACGAUAAAGUUUCUUCGGUUUCUUCGAGGAAACCACAUCGUAGGCAAGCCCCACAACCAAAUGUUCCCGAAAAUCCCCAACGUGAUCCUUUGGAUGUUAGUUUCAAUGAUCCAAUUGCGGCAUUCAAGAGCAAAACAACAUGGGAGCUAGUACGCGCCUAUCUUGUCUAUACUAUUUGUUCCAGUGAAAAGCUUGUUGAGCAUAAUAUGAAGCUAAUGAAAGUGGCAAAUACAAUACUGGGAGAUAAAUUGUUUACAGCACUUAUGAAGGCAACAUUUUAUGGACAUUUUGUUGCUGGCGAAGAUCAAAUAAAAAUUAUACCAACACUUGAAAGGUAAUUUUAUAAAACUAUUAUUUUAACUAAUGCUUUUUUUCUGUUUUUUUUUUCUUUUCUUUACAUUUUUUUAUUAAUAUAAAUUUGGAUUAUAUUUGGAUAAUAUCAACCUGCUUAUUUAUUGCCAUGUUUGUUAAAUAAACUAUUAAAUGCGCUAAAAUCAAAUCAACUCAAUAAUAUUGUUUCCUGAAAACACACACCUCUGUAUUCCAAUGAUACCAAAAUCGAUAAACACAUUUCUACCAUCACUUGUACCUUCCACACAAUUUUUGGGUUUUAUUUAUUGUGCAAAUACUUUCUUCCAUUUCAAUUGUAUUUUGAUUUGACUUUUGAUUGAUUGAUUUUGAUGCGGUUCCUCCGUACAUGUAAUAUUCUUCUAUUUAGUUGAUGAAAUUCGCCAGAGCCAUAUUGGGUGGCACACUUUUUGAACUUUUAAUGAAAUCAACUUUCUAUGGACAUUUUGUAGCUGGCGAGAAUCGUCAUACGAUUGUACCAACACUUGAGAGAUUACGCUCCUUUGGUGUUAAGCCAAUUUUGGAUUAUUCCGUAGAAGAAGAUCUUUCACAAGAGGAAGCUGAAAAACGUGAAGUCGAAUCUUCUGUCUCCAGUGCUGGCGAUGUUGAUGAAGAUGGUAGCAUGCCCCAGUAUCAUGUCGAUAAGUCAUUUGCCGAUCGCCGUUAUAAGGUUAACAGUGCUAGAACUUAUUUCUACUUGAACGAAGCUACUUGUGAACGUAAUAUGGAAACAUUCAUUAAAUGUUUGGAAGCUGUUUCAGGCGCAACCUUUGGUACUGGUAUUACAGCUAUUAAAUUAACCGCCCUGGGUCGUCCUCAACUUUUGUUACAACUUUCUGAAGUCAUUAUGCGCACACGUAAAUAUAUGGAAGAUUUGGUUGGUGGUCAAGGCAAUGUUUUAACUCAUCACAAGACUAUUAAGGAUUUGGAAAAAUAUUAUGCUAGUUUGGGCUCUGACAAUAAAAAUGUUCAAGAAUUUCUUAAGAAUGUUACCUCCGAUAAAGAAGGUAUUUUGCAUUUGUUCCCCUGGUCUGGUAUUGUUGAUGAGGAUUCACAAUUGAGUGAUACCUUUAGAGUGCCCGAUCCUAAAACAGGUCAAAUGCGUCGUUUGAUCUCACAAAUUCCGCCCAAAGAGGAAGAAAUGUUUAGAAAUAUGAUUCGUCGUCUAAAUACUAUUGUUAAGACUGCUGAAGAAUUGGAUGUCCGUAUUAUGAUUGAUGCUGAACAGACUUAUUUCCAACCUGCAAUCUCCCGCAUUACACUCGAAAUGAUGCGUAAAUACAACAAGGACAAGGCCAUUGUAUUCAAUACAUACCAAUGCUAUUUGCGUGAAGCCUAUAGAGAGGUUAACACCGAUUUGGAACAAGCUAAACGUCAAAACUUCUAUUUCGGUGCUAAGUUGGUACGCGGCGCUUAUAUGGAACAAGAACGUGCCAGAGCUAGUGCUCUAGGUUAUUCUGAUCCUGUCAAUCCUAGUUAUGAGGCUACUACUGAAAUGUAUCACAAGACUUUAACAGAAUGUUUGAGAAGAAUUAAGAUACUCAAAGAUAAUGGUGAAGAUGCUAAAAAGAUUGGUAUUAUGGUGGCUUCCCACAAUGAAGACACUGUACGUUAUGCCAUUGAGAAAAUGAAGGAAAUCGGUAUUUCGCCCGAAGACAAAGUUAUUUGCUUCGGUCAACUGUUGGGCAUGUGUGAUUAUAUUACUUUCCCCUUAGGUCAAGCUGGUUACUCGGCCUAUAAGUAUAUUCCCUAUGGUCCCGUUCAAGAAGUGUUGCCAUAUCUCUCACGCAGAGCACAAGAAAACAAGGGUGUCCUUAAGAAAAUCCAAAAAGAAAAACGUCUUUUAGCUGCCGAAUUACGCCGACGACUGUUGCGUGGUCAAUUGUUCUACAAACCCAAGGGAAAUUAUGUACCCAUUUAAAUUGUUCCCUCUACUUUGGCCACUCUCACACAUACACACAAACACACACCCUAAAAAUAACACAAAAACUCAUAAAAGAAAAAACAAAACACAUUUGCAUACUUACAGGCGCUACAUUUUCAAAAAAAAAAGUAAAGUGGAAACACACAUUUUAAAGCAACAAUUUUGAAAUCUAUUAAACAAAAACAAUAUUUAUUAAAUUGUAUUUUACACAAAAUUAAAAAAUUUUAAACAGAAUUCAAAUACUGCUGGAUACAGUUAGCUGAAAUAUUGGUUAUUGAACGUCUUCAAAUGUUGUCUGUAUGUCCAUGUGUUUUGAAAUGGAAAAAGAAAAAUAAAAAUUAGAAGAAAGUAGAAUAGUUAAAGAAUCGAAUCAAAACGAAUCUAGCAUUUUCACUACUCAUUAAUUUAACAAAGAGAAACAAAAGAUCUAA